UGGUUUCCCGUUUCUCGUCCACGCUUUUUGCUUCCGGCGGCACUUCAUCUCCCACACUAGCCAUAGCUUUCGCUCCCUUUCUCUCUCUCUCUCGCCUCGAUUCCACUUGCCGGGCUUCGGCUCCAGUCGCUCGCCGCCGCCAGAUCUCGAUAUCUCGUCAGAUAAACAGGAUGCUCAGUUUGAGAUAUUCUUCAUCACUUAUGGCAGGAAGACCGGAAUUGAGUAAUGUAUCUCAAAAGCCAAAUGGUAUAGUGGUUUGUGGUGCAAGGGGCCCGAGACCCAGAUUUCCUCGCGUAUGGAAAUCCCAAAAGAGAAUCGGGACCAUUUCCAAGUCACAAAAGUUUGUUGAAUGUGUAAAGGGGUUAUCAAAUGUGAAGGAGGAAGUUUACGGAGCUCUUGAUUCAUUCAUUGCCUGGGACUUAGAGUUUCCUCUGAUUGCAGUGAAGAAGGCAUUGAAGACACUUGAGAUUGAAAAAGAGUGGAAGAGAAUAAUUCAGGUGAUUAAAUGGAUGUUCAGCAAAGGUCAAGGAAAGACUAUGGGAAGCUAUUACACUUUGUUAAAUGCUUUAGCUGAGGAUGGGCGAUUGGAAGAGGCUGAGGAACUUUAUAUGAAGAUAUUUUCCCAAUAUCUGGAAAGCUUACCUCGUGUUUUCUUUAUGAAAAUGAUCACGUUAUACUACAAUAAGGGCAUGCAUGAAAAGAUGUUUGAGAUUUUUGCUGACAUGGAAGAACUGGGCAUCAGGCCUGAUGGAUCAAUAGUGAGGAUGCUUGGCGAUGUAUUUCAGAAAUUAGGUAUGUUGGACAAGUAUGAUAAGUUAAAGAAGAAAUACCCACCUCCUACAUGGGAAUAUCGUUAUAUCAAAGGGAAGCGUGUCAGGAUCCGGGUGAAUCGACCAGACAGAUCAAAUGAAGAGGCUUGUACUAGCCCUUGACAAUAAGUAGAUCAAAGUCCAUCGCACUUUGUUUUACUCCACUGCAGCUUGGAACUUCUAAAACAAGCAGAGCACUCGUACAGAAGCUAUAAUCAGGCUAUAUGUGUCUGCAAUUAUUUGGAUAUCGGCGCAAAAUCUGAUCAAUUGCCCUACAAGAUCAAGGCAAGGGUGAUGAAAUAAGCUUCUAACGCAAGUAGCUGGUGGAACCCUACCUGGGAAAAAUUCUAGAAUGUCUUAUUCUUCCAACAGUUGGGCAUAAGAACCAUCAGUGCAUGAUUCUCCAAUUACGUUCUUUACUCCCGUCUGUAGUAUAAUUGAUACUUGGUUGUUUAACCAAUGAUGGUUGCUUAUCCAAAGAAGUGUUUAAAAGGGCAAAAAAAGGUUCUGAUUAUAGUGUCAUAUGUUGUCACCAGAAAAGAGGAGAGCUUACUAUUGGUGCACUUUCUGUGAAAGACCUUUUGGCUGGAAACAUCAAACCGGUUCAAGUUACUGACCGCAAAACAGAUGCUCUUGGAUGGCAUGCCAUUUAAUUUACAUAUUGAGACUCGACGUUUAUUGCAAAAUUAGGGACCUUAUUCGUAGA